GGGAGUUUUUAUAUCAUAGAAGGGAGUGCUCUAUUCUAUAUCGGCUUUGAAUACAUAGAGAAAUCAUCGGGAAAUCCAGAGAAGCUGAACAAUCCUUAAGAGAGAAGAAGAAGAAAUAAAGGAAGAAAGAAAUUAUUAUCAUAAUAAAGGUUCUGUUCAACAAGCUACAUGUACCUAGGUACCUAAUAGCUUAAUUCUCUACCUAAGCCACACUAACACUCCAGGACUGCUUCUUUGUUCUAGCCACAGCGCGCUGCCACAGCCACAGUGGUUUAGAUAGGUUAGGUACCUAGGUAGGUACUAAGUGACGCUAACAAGACCGAAGCAAGCCGAUAUCGACACAUCGACGCAUGGAUGCGGGCUUCAAACACUACAAACUAAAAAUUCGCCAUACACUACAAAUUAAUAAAUUCGCACAAGACAGAAAUUAGCAAGACAUACAAAGUGCAAAAUGGCUUCCCAACUACAGAACAGCAAGUUAGGGUUCAUCGGAGGUGGUAACAUGGCCGGUGCCAUUAUUGGUGGUCUUGUGGCUAAGGACAUUAACAAACAGAAUAUUAUCGUCUCGGAGCCUUGGGAGGUGAAUCGGGAUAAGAUUGGGGCGACGGGGGUGCGCACAACUACAUCCAACGCUGAGGCCUCACAGGAUGCGAAUCUCCUCGUCCUCGCAGUGAAGCCGCAGGUCACAAAGGGUGUAUGCCAAGAGCUUGCCGGCGCUUGGGCCGAGCGCACGUCUCUGCCCUUAAUUGUCUCUAUUGCCGCAGGCAUCACGCUGGAGAGCCUCAAGGAGUGGCUGAAGCUUACCGACGGGCGCACACCUCACAUUAUUCGUGUUAUGCCUAAUACACCAGCUUUGUUAGGUGAAGGCGCAUCAGGUCUUUUCGCGAGUGGUGAUGUGUCGCAAGAAGAGAAAGACUUGACCGCGGCGCUACUAGGCAGCGUGAGUAAGGUGACCGAGUGGGUAGAUCGGGAAGAGUUGAUUGACGUCGUCACCGGCCUGUCAGGCUCCGGACCUGCCUACUUCUUCGCUAUGGUUGAGCAUUUGAUCGAAAGCGGGAUAAGCCUAGGGCUCUCGCGGGAGCAGGCAACGCGUCUGGCCAAGCAGACUUGCUUUGGAGCGGGCAAGAUGUUAGUUGAAUCGUCUGAAGAGCCGGCGCAGCUACGAAUCAAUGUUACUAGUCCCAAAGGAACUACGGAGGCCGCCCUGAAAAGCUUCGAUGUCUCGGGGUUUAAGGACACUGUUGCUAAAGCCGUGAAGGCGGCAGCCGACCGAGGCAAGGAGCUAGGAGAGACUCUUGCCAAGUCAUAAUUCUACGCCGAGUCCUUACUACCUGUUGACUACCUAAGCUUUGGGAACGUUGAAACUUCCAUCAAGCUGGGUUCAAGGCCAUUGAUCGCCAACUAAUAUUGGAGCAAUACAGGUCUUAAGUUGACUAAUACUGUUGAGUCAAUCUGCGCAUGUGCGUGAUGAUAAAUCAAGAAUAACAGAAUAGACGGAACAAAGUAGAAAUUUUUACGUCUAGGUCAAGUAUCAUAGGUACCUCUCAUAUGCGCAACUCUCUUACUAGUAGCCUGCCCCUUAGAGUCUGUGUAAAUCUAGUUGAGCUAAAUUUACUGUGCGUCCUGGUAUGUGAGCAAUGCCAUAUUCCACACUUCGUCUCUUGAGGCGGAUAUAUCAUGUGGAUAUUGC